AUGUGGAAGUUCGUGGAUAGCAAAGGUCUGUCAUGUUGCUUGUGUGUUGCUUUGACAUGGCAAGGUUUGCACAAUUGGGAAGGCAAUGAAGAUCCGCAAACUUCGAAAAUUGCUGAGUACAGCACCGGGAGCUGGCUACGGCAAUACUCGCGUGAAUCUAGCAAGGCAACUGACGAUCCAAAAUUAGAUCGCAGCAUCACAAGCGUCUCCUUCAAGGAGGACGAUGUUUUGCAGCUCUUCCGAAAAUUUGAUGCAAACAGGGAUGACAGUGUCAGCCAAGAGGAGCUUCUUGCCGUAUUACAGCAACUUUCAGAUCCAGCGGACACCAGAGGUGAAAGGCUUGAGGAGCUGCUGGCACGGAUCGACACGAAUGGAGAUGGUAUGAUUCAGUUGGAGGUUUUCACGCAGCUUGGUUUGCAAGCGGUGACUGUCUUCACAGUUUUUAAGAACAAGAACAAAAUUUCGCAUUUUCCCUGGGUCGAAGAGAUCCUCCGGAUGAUUGUGGAAGGCAAGUGCAAGGGCAUUUCGACCAUCAAGGAGACCGGUGAGCAAUGCACUCCCCUGUUGCUUGUGGCAGGCGCAUGCCCAAACAGCAUCUGCGGGAUGCAGGCUGUGAUGUUCGCUCAGGUCAAAGCGGGCAUUGAAUUUUGGUGGACAAAACCACAAGCGGACGUUCCACGCAAGCUUGAUCGACAUACACUGGAUCUGCACAAAGAGGGCCCUCACAGAAAUACGACCUCAAAGUCAAGGGCGCUGUAUCAACCACUUGCAGAUAAGUUCAAGGGAAGCAAAGAAGACAUUUUUGAGUUUGGAGUUGAUACAAAUGGGCGGGCAUUUAUUGAUGAAAAGACGGCAGAUGGAUGCCGGCGCAUGCUUCUCUACUUUGUUUGGCAGGAGAAUUGGAGCAGUUUUUUUGCAUACAACAAGUUCAUAGAGGGCAAGUUGUUCUAUCAGCGUGGACUGCCGUGGGAUGAGCCGUCGGUCAAAGAAUCGAGCAAUGGCAAAUCGAAAAAGGCAUCGAAGGCUGCUCCUGCGCCCUUCUUUGCCCGCCAAUAUCGUUUGGAAGGCGACGGGCUCAAAAUUGCUGGCAUCGAAACCGAAGAGACGGUGCUGACACUUUUGCCACCUGAUGUGUGCCAGGAGAUGUUUAAGUUUGACACCUAG